CUCAUCCUCUUGCACAGAAGCUUUUGAAACAUGUCAGGACGGAUCUGAGAUCAGCAGCAGUUGUCUUGAAUGUGCCUCGCGCAGUUUAUGUAACCAAAGCAGAUCGUCUGUCGUGGGGAGAACAUCUGAGUACAAACACCUCAGACCGAUACAGGAGCGAACAUCAAUGCAAUGCUGCUUCUCAGAAGUUGUAACAGCCUGACUCGAUUUGGCCCUCUCAGCACCCAAAGGCUUCAGGUGGCACCUGCUUUGGCAUCGUGUGCAGUUCGCCUCCACAGCAGCUUCAGUCAGGACCAGAAAUCCUACCAGCAUGCCACCAACAGUCCCAGCUGGAAACAUGCCCUGGCAGGGGUGUUGGCUGGUACGGGGGCUGUUCUCGGUUAUGCCCUACACCACCAAAAGGCUGAACGGACAGACGUUAGCGUGCCAACCUUAGAGAAGAGUUCCCCUCUUCCAGUUAUCAGCCAAGAUGAAGUGACAAAGCACCGCUCUCUGGAAGAUGGCGUGUGGGUCACUUACAAAGGCGGUGUCUAUGACAUUACUGAGUUUGUGGCGAUGCACCCUGGUGGGGAUAAAAUCUUGUUGGCAGCAGGUGGUGCCCUGGAACCUUUUUGGGCACUGUAUGCUGUACACAACCAGGAUCAUGUGCUGGAAAUCCUCUCAGAAUAUAAGGUUGGUGUGCUGAGUGGAGAAGACUUGAAGAAGCAGCAGGCCGUUAAAUCGUCUGACCCCUAUUCGUCCGACCCCGAGCGUCACCCUGUGCUGCGCAUCAAUAGUCUCAAGCCCUUCAAUGCUGAGCCGCCUCCUGAAAUCCUCUCAGACAGCUACAUCACUCCCUCUGCUUUCUUCUUUAAAAGGAACCACCUACCAGUACCUCAGGUAGACCCGGCCUCAUACCAGCUACAUGUGGAGGGACUACCAGGAGGAGUGCUGACACUGUCUUUAAAAGACUUGAAGACACGAUUCCCCAAACACACGAUCACAGCUACGCUGCAGUGUGCAGGCAACCGUAGAAGUGAGAUGAAUGAGGUAAAGCAGGUGAAAGGACUAAACUGGGGUAUAGCUGCCAUCAGUAAUGCUAAAUGGAGUGGUGCUAGACUCAGGGAUGUGCUGCUGGCUGCUGGCUAUGGGCCAGAUGUGGCACAGUGGGCUCACCAUGUUCAGUUUGAGGGACUGGAUAAAGACGUGACAGGGACUACCUAUGGUGCAUCAAUCCCUCUGAAUAAGGCUAUCAGUGAGGAUGGUGAUGUGCUUCUUGCCUAUGAAAUGAAUGGUGAGGAUAUUCCCCCUGACCAUGGCUUCCCAGUGCGUGUUGUUGUACCAGGUGUUGUGGGCGCACGCAACGUGAAGUGGCUGGGUAAGAUCAUAGUCAGUGCAGAGGAGAGCAGCAGCCACUGGCAGCAGAAUGAUUACAAAGGUUUCUCUCCUGGGACAGACUGGGAUUCAGUGGAUUUCAAAUCUGCUCCAGCCAUCCAGGAGCUCCCCAUUCAGUCUGCCAUCACCACACCAGCAGAUGGCGCUGUUAUCGAUGGCAGUGACAGAACAUUGACUGUGAAGGGUUACGCAUGGAGCGGUGGGGGUAGAGAAGUGGUACGUGUGGAUGUUUCUCUGGAUGGAGGAAAGACAUGGCAAGUGGCUCAGCUGGGAAGCGGUGACAAGGGACAAGCUCCUGAGCCUUCGCCUCCACCGGGUCGUGCCUGGGCCUGGAAGUUAUGGGAGGUAACUGCUCCUCUUCCUCCUGAGGCUCAAGAGCUGGAGAUCAUUUGCAAGGCAGUUGACAACAGUUACAACAUGCAGCCAGACACGAUUCCUCCCAUCUGGAACUUGAGGGGUGUGUUAAGUAACGCCUGGCACAGGGUAAAGGUGAAGGUCAGAGAAGAUGAGGGGAGGGAAUAGACCGUCAUACUUAAAAUUAUUUAUGCUUUAAACUGUGUCAUCGUGGAGUGAACUUAUUUUGAUCCAUGUCUCAACAGAAAAAGGAGGCCGUUCAGUUGAAGAAUUGCUCAAUAACCUGAAGUGUUUUUUUUUUUUUUUAAACAGCCUUGACAAAUUUUGCAGUUCUGUUGUUCCUGAGAUUUUAAAUAUUUACAGAAGCACAAACUUAGGCUGUAAAUGACUAAGCCAAACAUGUUCGAUUGUAACUCUUAGUCACCUCGACUUAGUCAAAGUGAAGAAGUGGUGAAUUUCAUUCUCUAUCUUUGUGAAGCAAAAAAAAAAAAUGUUUAUUUUUGUAACUGUUCUUGAUGAACACAUGCUAUGUUUAUAGGGUAAUGUUAAUUUAAUGAUUAACAUGCACAAUCACUUUCAAGACUAAUUUUAUGUAGUGACUUUGAACAUUUGCUUUUCGCCACCUAGUUUCAACAGUUACCUCUACAAGUGCCAAGUAGUAAACUAAGUUUUUAUUGGAGACGUUUGAGUAACUCUAAGAAAAAAAGGUGUCAACUCUCAACUGUCAGUGGUUGAUAUCAUUCAUUCUUGGUUUGAGUCAGCACAUCAGAGAUGAACUAUUACCCUCUGUUGGCGUCCUGUUCUCAAGUGUUAGUUGUUAUGAGGCAAUAUAAAAUAUAAAACUACACAGUGAUAAUCAGCUGUGUGUAUGGUACGGAAAUCUGGGAACUGCUUGACUACAGUUUUUUUUUUUUUUUUUACUAAUGUGUGCCAUGCAUCUACCUGGGAUAUGAAAAAGGGUGAUUUUUUUUUUACAAUGAGAGUGGUAGUGAAUAUUGCACAGGUCAAGUAAUCGACAGCUAAAAUGUUCAUCUGAAUAUUUGCUUUUUUAAAUGAAGUUUGAACUUCACAACUUUUCAGUGAGAGAACCUGUUUUCAGAUAAAAUUAAAGCAUUCAGUCAGAAUGCUGUUAAGUCUCAGUUAUAUCUACAGUCAGCUGCUGAACAGCCUUAAUGUCAGGUAGCUCUUUGGAUUGCACAUGGAUUAAACUACUUAUUUAACUGUUAUAAAAUGUUCUUUGCAAUCAAUGGUGAAUGGAAAUUUAUAAUACUACACUUUUUUAUUAUUUAAUUUUCUGCUUGGUGAGUAAGCUGAUGGAAGUCAGAUUAACUUGUUUCAUCAUCAGAUCUGCACAAAUAUUAAAAAAUAUAUUUUAUGGAGGUUUUAUUUUCUUUUGAAACAGACAUAUGCAGACACUGUAUUGUUUUCCAAAGAGAAAAAGAUAGCAUUUAUUAAAAUGUGAGCAGCUGCAUAUUAAAUAAACAAAAUGAACUGGAAUUUAACAAAAGACUUCUGCACAAGACUUUUUUUCUUUGUGUGACUGAGUAACUUUUCUAAAGAGGGUUAGGGUCAGUUAAAAGUUUAAACUAUAAAGAAAUAUUCAAUCCUGUUUAUUCCACUAUUUACAACUUCUACUAGUGUUUUGAAUGUUUCGCCUUGGUUUUAGCAGGCAUACUAAGAUGACUGUUUUUCACAUCUGGAUAUGUGGAAAGCAGGAUAUUAAAUGACCCUCUUGAAGAAUGUUUGAUGAGGAGGAGAUAAGAGGCUUCUUUUAACGGAUGAACUGUCAUGCAAGGAUAAAACCUAUUAGUUACUUCUAUUUUCUCCUCUACCAUAUUCAUGUAAACUGCACAUUUCUCAAUAAAUGAACUGGGAGACGAGUUGGCCUUGUUUUUAUGCUGUGACGGAUGUUCUCCACAUUGGUUUCUGUGACUAGAAAAGACUUGAGAAAUUGAAUGAAACUAGAUAUAUUUGAUUCGAUUCUAGGAUGCAUCUGUUUUCUGUUCCUGAGUCAUAAAUAACAGAUCAGAAUGGUUCAGCAGACCACAUAGGCUUCCUGAACUGGUGUACUUGUUAGUUUUUAACACAAAACCACACAUAUUUGUAUAGAGUGCUGUCAUGUCUUACUCAUUAAGAAAAAGGAAAAAUGACCAAAUGAGCAAUAACAUGAA